AUGAGGUUUCUCUUCUACUUCCUUCACACCAGACUGGAGCAGCUGCAGAGAAAGCGGUGCUAUCAAAAAAUGAACGUUUCACUGGUGGGUAACAUCACACAACCCAAGUAUCUGCGGGACAGCUUUAGCUCAGCGGUGACUAGGAAUGUGAUCGUGGUCGGUUUGUGCAUCUCCAUCAACUAUAUCAAUGGCACGCUCGUCCACACCUUCAUCAAGCAUGAGAUCUUCAACGGAAACCCUCGCUACAUUCUCUUCAUUCACAUGGUGCUCAAUGACAUGAUUCAGCUGAUGAUUGCAGUCGUCCUUCACAUUUUAAGCUACACUGUGUUUACUCUCAAUGUCUCUUUCUGCUGUGUUUUAUUGAUGAGUGUUAUAUUCACAACGCUCAACACACCGCUGAAUCUCGCUACCAUGGCUAUAGAGCGCUAUAUAGCCAUAUGCAACCCUUUACGUCAUGCUCAGAUCUGUACCGUACGUAAAACGUACAUCCUUAUCAGCCUGAUCUGGGUCCUGAGUGCCAUUCAGGUUCUACCAGACCUGUUCAUCCUGUUGGCUACAAAACCUCUAACCUUCUUCUACAGCAACAUCCCCUGCAUCAGAGAUUAUGUGUUUGAUAACCCAUAUAUAGUAGAAAAGAGAAAUGUUGUGUACAUCAUUUACCUGACCUUUGUGUGGCUCACUAUAGUGUAUACUUACUUGAAGAUCAUGUUUGUUGCAAAGGCCACGAACUCAGAUGCUCGCAAAGCUCGGAGUACCAUCAUCCUACACGGGAUCCAGCUUCUGAUGUGCAUGCUAACGUUUGUCGGGCCCUUCCUGGACAGGCUGCUCGCAGAAAUGUUUCCGCUGUUUAUUAUAGAUACGAGAUUCUCAAGUUAUUUAGUAAUCCAGAUAAUGCCCAGGUUUAUCAGUCCAAUUGUGUAUGGCAUGAGAGAUCAAAUGUUUUGCAAAUACCUGAAAAGAUACUUACUGUGUACAAUGUUCAAGAUGAGGAGAAAAACACAAAAUCUCCAACCCAGUGGGAAUUUGGCAAAAGUUUCUAAUAAAUCCAUGUGA